AUGUGUAUUUGUAAUACUAGGUUGCGCGUGGCACGACCUAGCGGGACAGAGACUGAAAUCGAUGACCAGCCACCAGAUAAGUGUCCCGGGAUUCGGUACAAGAUGAAGAGCCCUAGUUCUACAGGCAGGACUAAGCGCAAACACAACAAGCGGUAUUUCUUAGAGCAGAAAGACGCCUGGGCACACGAUCCUUAUCAGCGUUUUUUCGCGCAAAGAUUAGGCGAGCCUCUGCCACCUGGCUGGCGAAUUUCAGCCGAUAACAAAAAUACAAGAUUCCGUCACGAAUACCUGCCGCUCACGACCAAGCGGUGCACGCACUCCCCGGCCGCUCCACGAGCCGGCAGCCAGAAUAUCUACACGACUCCGGACAAAUCGCCGCUGUCCAGUGGCUCCCGACGGCCGGUGCAGAUGUCGGAGAGCGCAGCAACCUCUGAGUGCUCCUGCUACCCAUCCCCCGGGGACUCAGCAAUAGACACGGCAGACUUGCCGAAACCCAUCCCUAUAAGCUCUCUUGUCAGACCCGAGCGGCCUCUUGAUCUCGCAGAGAUCAAUCAAGCGCACGACAAGUAUGUCGGCUAUUCGGGCACCAAUUUCGAAUUAUUGAGCCGGACCAGAAACAGAAGGAAAGACUCCAUCCUGAGGAUCGAUACCGGGGCAACACAUUCGUGA